AUGGGCAACAUCCUCGGCAAACAACGCGUCUUCUACAUCAGCUACGAUCCUUCCUCUUCUUCUUCUUCCCCCUCCUCCUCCUCAUCUACCACAUCUUCAGAAGAAGAGGACGACGACGACGGCGAGGGAGUAGAGGUCUACUACACGUCGUACGGCUGGCCGCAGGAUAUGUUCUGGUUUCCUCACCAGGGAAACUACGGGCAGUGGGGUUGGGGCUGGGAGGGCGCGGUGGUGGGGGUUGCGAGGCGGAAGGGCUGUACCAACCGCGACCACUGGGCCCUGGCCUUCCGCUCCAACGUCGACGUCUCCCGCCUCCACCUCCCGCGCCGCAUCAACGGGGUCCGCACGCAGAUCCCGAACCGGUGCAGAGAAACAUGCGGUAGGCAUCGCCGGAGACAUGGGAAGAAGAGGAAGAAGAGUACACGGGUGUGUAUUACUGUGAGGGAGGCGAGUCAGGAGGGAGAUGGGAGGGAGGUGGUGGAAGUGCUGGUGGGACAGGAGGGGGAGGGGGAAGUGGUGGUGGAGGUUCCGGAGGAAGGGGGGGUGGAGGAGGCGGAGGUGGGGAAUGGGGAUGGGGAUGGGGAUGGGGAGGAGGUGGUGGUGGAGGUUGGUUAG